AUGCCUGAACCUCUGAAUGGAAUGUACUCAUUAAAGGCAGAAGUAAGUGAUGGUAAAUACAGCAGUACAAGAGAGAUCAAGGUUCACAUACAAGAUAUCAAUGAUAAUGAUCCGUUCUUCAAUCAAACACAGUAUUAUGCUGAAAUCAGUGAAAAUGUACCUCAAUAUACAAGUAUAAUCCACAUGACUGCUUAUGAUAGAGAUGCUCUGGAUGAAGGGAAACUGAAAUACUCACUUGAAGGAGAUGAUAGUAUGUAUUUCAUCAUUCAGAACAAUAGCCAUUUUGGUGACUUAGAAGUAAACACCGACCUAAACAGAGAAAACCGAUCAUCAUACACAGUGACAGUUAUUGCCCAUGAUUCUGACGGACAUACAGGAAGCACAACUGUAAGCAUAACCAUUUUAGAUGUCAAUGAAUUCAAACCAAAAUUCAACAAAGACUCGUAUUUGUUUGAAACAUUAGAAGGCCCUACAAGUAAAGGUUAUGAGAUGAUGGUAUCUACAACAGACCCAGACUUGGGUAACAACGGAACAAAUAGUUUUACACUGAUAAAUAGUUAUGAUGGAUUGUUCAAUAUAACUACAUUACCAAAUAAUACGGGUGUUAUAACAGUAAUGAGGGAGCUUGAUAGAGAAUCUCAAAAUAGUCAGAAAGAAAAUGGAACUUCAGUUUAUAAGUUACAUGUAAAAGCAGAGGACCAUGGUAUCCCAGCAAAAUCUGAAGUCACAGUGGUGACACUACAUGUAGAAGAUAUAAAUGAUUGUAAACCACAGUUUACCCAGCCUCAUUACCAUGCUGAAGUGUUAGAGGGGUCACAUAAGGGGUUUUCUAUCCUGACUGUCACAGCCACUGACUGUGAUUACUUAGAACAGUACAACAACAUAACAUUUAGUUUAACAGGCACAGACUCAGAUUUAUUUGAGAUUAAUAAUAGUGGGGAGAUCCAUCUGAAUACCACUAUCAGUGUACAGUCACAUAAAGACAAGUUUAAUCUGACAAUUGUAGCCACAGAUUCACUAAACACUAAUCAGGUCCCUCUAACUGUGUUGAUAACAGAUGUAAAUGAUCACGACCCUGUGUUUACUCAUCCUAUUUACAACUUUUCCACACCUGAAACUAACGGCACUGGAGACAUUGUGGUUGGUUUAGUCAGUGCUACUGAUGAAGAUUUAGGACAGAAUGGCAUUGUUACAUACAGUAUCAUAUCUAUUGAUGUAAAACAUGUCUUCAAUAUUUCACAAGAUGGUAGAAUAACAGUAAUUGAAGAAUUAGACCGAGAUCAGUGUAUAAGUAAUAGGUACCCAUUUACUGUUAUAGCCAGAGAUAAUGGAUCAUCUAAAAGGACUGGUUACACAGAGGUCAUAGUAUAUGUUACAGACAUAAAUGACAACUCCCCAGUCUUUACAGAGAAUUGGUACAAUGGAACUGUACAAGAGAACUCACCUGAUGAUACAGAAGUUAAUAUUCUCCCACCAAUUAGUAGCACAGAUGCAGAUAGCGGUAAAAAUGGAACAAAAGGGAUUAGAUAUUCCUUAGAAGGAACAGGUCUUCAUUUUAGAAUUAAUGAGAUCACUGGAGCAGUCUUCACCAAUGGGUCAGGUCUGGAUAGGGAAAGUCAGCCUGAUUACACAAUACAGGUCAAAGCUGCUGACAGAUAUGGUACAGGAAAUAGUAACACUGUCAUGGUAACCAUUACAUUGCUUGACGUCAAUGAUGAACCACCACAGUUUACCAAAAACAAUUAUACCUUCUCUAUUAACGAGUCAGCUGUGGCAGGUCAUAAGGUCGGUGUUGUUAUGACAACAGACGAGGAUGUCAAUGGCAAUACAACUACACGAUACAGAAUCGGAUCAGGAUCAGAUGGAAAGUUUUAUGUGGAUAUAUUGUCAGGUGUGAUAUAUACUAGUGGUGGAUUAGACAGGGAAAAGAAGGCUAAAUAUGAAAUAAAUAUAGAAGCCUUUGAUGGACAACAGAAAACAAACAGUACUGUUACUGUAUAUAUUGAGGAUGCUAAUGACAAUUGCCCUGUCUUCAAACCUCAGAAAUUAGUUGUCAGGGUACCAGAAAAUACCCAAAAUGCAUCUGUAGUCUAUAAUCUGACUGCCACAGAUAUAGACCAGGGAGAAAAUGCUGCUGUUUCAUUCUAUUUGGAUAGUUCAGAUACUUCACCAUUUAUUAUAUCAGGUGACAAUCUGAUAUUAGAUGGAGCUCUAGAUAGAGAAAUAAAGGAUGAGUACAGUGUUAAGAUUUAUGCCAAAGACAAUGGAAUUCCAGCCUGUGUGGUCAGCUCAUAUUUAGAGGUUCAUGUAGAGGAUAUUAAUGACAAUAAGCCCAUAUUCUACAAUGCUGAUGGCAGUGAAAUAUCCCAAGCUGAUGCUACCAUUAUAGAAAAGUCCCCUGUGGGGUCCCCCAUUUUACUACCAAGUGUUAAAGAUAAUGAUGUAGGUAAAAAUGCAGAAGUUGAGUUCUCAUUAUCAGCAGAAAAAUUGGAAAUUUUGAAAUAUUUUCGGAUAAGUCCAAAAACUGGAGUGGUAACAAUCAAAGCACAGGUGGAUUUGAAUUCUCUGAACCGUUUACAUGUGUUGGACAAAAAUGCCACAAAAACAGCUGCUUUGGAAAUGUGGGUAGUAGCCACUGACAAAGGAAGGCCAAACAUGUCAACAGCAUUAAACUUGACAGUCAUAGUAGAAGGUAUUAACGACCAAGCACCUGUUUUCUUAAGGCCAGAAUAUGAUUACACAAUACCUGAAAAUGUGCCCAUAGGCUCAUUUGUUGGUAAAGUGGAGGCUAUUGUAGAAAAUGGGACAAAUCAUAAACUUCACUACUCAUUGAUAACUUACUCUGAGUCAAGCAUGUUCUUCAACGUAGCACCAAUAUCAGGCAAUAUAACAACUUUGGCUACUAUUGACAGAGAGAAGACACCUGCUUUUCAUUUUGCUGUUCAAGUUAAAGAUGGCAAAAUCCCAGAAAGGACAGCUUAUACAGUGGUUAGCAUGACAGUUAGUGAUGUAAAUGACAACCAUCCAGAGUUCAAACAAAGGUCAUAUGAAUAUAUAAUUGAAGAGAAUGUAUUAUCACCAGGGAUAUCUGUCAUGGCAACAGAUGCUGAUAGUGAUGCAAAUGGAAAAGUUACAUAUUCAUUGGUUAGAAAUCCAGGUCAUCAGUUCCUUCUGAACAAACAAACAGGAAUGCUGAGUGUGAAUGGGACUUUAGACAGGGAAGAAGAAACCUGUUACAUUUUAACUGUUCUCGCUGUAGACCAUGGAAACAGUUCUCUAACAAGUUCUGUGGAGGUUCUUGUAACUGUCACAGAUCAGAAUGACAACACUCCAAAGUUUACCUCUAACAACAGAACUUACUAUGUCAAAGAAAAUCAGUAUCCAGGACAGUUUGUAUCUGACAUAGAAGCUGAAGAUCCUGACCAUGGUGUGAAUGGCUCUGUCAUCUACAUGUUUUCUGGAAACACCUACCCACAGUUUGACAUAGAUCCAAUGAGUGGUAAAAUAACUACACUGGUUAGUCUGGACUAUGAAGUAAAGUCUGUCUACAACCUGACAGUGAUUGCCAUGGAUCUUGGUACACCUUCACUAAACUCAACCUUUGACCUCAUUAUAAUGGUACAAGACGUGUAUGACACAGCACCACAGUUUCCCCGAAGUUUAUAUGAGAGAACAAUCGAUGUAAAUACACCUAAAUCUACAGUCAUACUAAGUGUAACAGCUGGCCAGUACAAUAUAGUGUAUAAAAUAGACGAUGGAAACAUAGGAAAUCAUUUUGAUAUGGAUGCAGCAUCAGGGGUGAUAACUCUGUCAAGCAGAUUAGGUACAAGUGUACUUGAGUAUAGACUGAAUAUUUCUGCAACUGAUCAUAUCAAGACAAAAUAUACAGAGGUUUUGAUUCAUGUAACAACCAGUACCAUACAGGUACAAAAUAAUACCUACACAGCUACUAUACCAGAAAAUAUGAACAUUACCACACAACUGAUAGAUCUGAAUUAUACUGAUGGUAGUAAUACUGUAUUCUCCUACCAGAUUAUACAGAUAAUACCUGAUGUGAAGGACACAUUUAGAUUAAACAAGUCAACAGGAGAAUUAUACUGUAUAAAACAACUAGACAGGGAGGAUAUUAAUCAAUAUACCUUUUAUAUCAGGGCUGUUCCAUCAUCCAACAGAGUUAAAAGAUCCAUUAAUGAUUCACCAGGUGACAUAAAAGUGGUUGUUUAUGUACAAGAUGAGAAUGACAACUCACCAAGAUUCUCUGCUGGGCCAGUACUGACAUUGGGUGUGUCAGAUACAACAUCUGUAGGGGAUCUUGUGGCUACACUUAAGGCUGAAGAUGUAGAUAUAGAUGAUACCAUUCAGUAUCAGAUAACUGGUGGACAAGAUAAAGACAGCUUCAGUAUAGAGAAAUCUACAGGCAAAAUCUACAGUCGUAUCAAAGUAGAUACUGGCAAAACUUAUACUGUCAUAGUUACUGCUGGUGAUGGCAAGUUCUCUACAGAUAUCACAGUGAAGUUUUUGGUGAUUUCAAGUUCGGACAAAGUUGUAUUAACAAUUCCAAUUACACUGCCUGAGUUUGAAUCUAAGAGUACAACUAUUCUGAGAAAUAUAAGUCAUAUUGUGGGAUUUAAAGUUGAACUGGAAAAAAGUGGUGUACAUGUUGAUUCUAAAACUCAUCUUGAUUGGUCAAAGACAGACAUUUACUUCCAUGGUAUCAACGAGACAGGAGGAUUCAUACUGCCUCAGCAUACAUCAUUCAGAAUAAUUCAUGAGAAGAGUAAAGAGAUUGCUUCCUUAUUUAGCCCACCAGAAAUAAAAGUGAUAACAUAUCAUACCCCACUGGUGCCUCACAAGAUGUCAGAGGCAGAAAUAGCUUUGUUAACAAUAGGAGUUGUCAUAUUAGUUUCGAGCUUACUGGCUUUAAUAGCUGCUAAUUACACAUGGAAACAAUUUAAGAGAUCACACAAAACUGCAAAAGACAAACAUUGGGAACUGAACAGUAUCAAUUCCUCUCAUGCCAAUGGUUCAGUAGUUAUGAGACAGAAUGAUGAUGGAUAUAUCAACCCUGCCUUUACUGAAACAAGGUUUACAGAAAGGGAAGACCAACUGCCUGCUACUAAUGUAAUUGAAAGUGAGACUAUUCGGAGGAAGAGAGAGUAUGAAUCACAAGAAGUUGUCUUAGAUCUGCCACUGGAACCAAUAGAUGCAGGUCUACAACCUCCUGCCGUUGAUGGAGCUAGGGAAAUGAGUCUAAAUGGAUAUGACAGUGGGUUAGAGAAUGAAAUAGAUUCUACCUCUUCAGCCAGUGGUAAUGCAGAGGAUGCUCAACAGGAUAAGGAGAUUAGGAUUGAGACUGUGGUUGAAGGACCAGACAAACAAGAUCCCGAUAUUUCAGAAGAAGCUGGUCCAUCUCAAGGUCAGAAUGUGUUUACGUUUGAUAUGGAAACGGGAGACACUGAUGAUGAUAUUGAUGAUGAUGAAGUUGAAGACAGCGGAGUUAAAAGACGAAAAAGUUCUAAAAAGAAAUUUAGUAGAGAUUUGAAGGUCUUUCCUUCUAAGAUUGAAACAAGUGAUACUGAUACAGAUGACAAUCCAGAUCAAAGUAGUUCUCAGAAACAUUUAAGUAGAAAAACUGAUAGUGAACCGGAAGGAAAUCAAGAUCAGGAGUCAGGGGAGAUAAUUCUCACAAAAGAAGAUUCAAAUUCAGAUUUAAUACAAAAUGUAAAUCCUGAAACACUACUUGACCAGACUGAACAAAUAAACAAAGCAGAAAAUGAGGAGGAGGAGGAUAUUGAAAUAACCUCAUUCUGAUUGUUUCAUAUGAUUAUAUGAGUAACCUGAAGAUAACCUUUAAUUGUCUUGGGCAUGUUUUGUAAUCAUUGUUUCUCAUUAUUGUUUAUAUGAAAUAAUUUACUGCUGGUUUAUGCUUCAAAAACAGUCAAUUGAAAAAUAUAAAUUAUAAUUGAAAAGUCAUUUCUCAAUGAUUGAAUUGUGAAAAGUGUCUGUUGUUUUAGAUAAAUAUAGUACUGGUAUUUUGGAUAUAUAGACAAAAGUCCAAAAGUGAAAUAACUACAUGCAACUGCAAAAGGAAUUAAUUUACACCAAUGAAAAUAAAUUCGAUUCUAUCGACCUUUUUAUACAAAUAAUGUAAGAACUCCGUGUACAUUAUAAUAUGGAAAUGAAACGUCUCACAAUCACUUUAUUUGAUGUGAACUUUUGUACAAUAUGAGCAUUUUUUGGGUUACACUUGAUAAUAACUUAGUUUGUAGGAAAGGGGGAAGACAUGUCUUUGUGUUAAAACAAAAAAUAUCAAAUUUUUUAUUGCUUUCUUAUUAUUCAACUUUUAUACAUCAUCUUGAAUAUAGAUAUAAUAAUAUGAUCAUAAAUGUAUGAUAUUUGAUUUAAGACUUUUGUUUAUUGAUAUUGUGAAUUUUAUAAGUAAAAAUGAAUAUAAGUCAUAAGUUUUCCUACUUUGUAACUGCAAAACAUAAAAUGACAAAUAAAGGUUUCAUAUAGAAAUAAGGAGAUGUGAUAUGAUUGCCAUGCAUAAUUUUUCAUGAAGGUAUUUUUUUUAAAUUCAGAAUCAAGUUGCUAAGAUGGACAGUUCAGCUUUUAUUUUUCCAGUCAACUAUAUAGCAAAAUUUACAAAUAGACAUUAACUUAGUUCUAAUUGAUCUGUUAAAUAUUUUUUAGGAAUCAAUCCUUGUAACAGAUUUAUUCUGUGGGAGUUAUCCCUUGUUAUAGAUCUAUUCCUUGUAACAGAUUUAUUUUUUGGGAGUUAUCCCUUGUUAUAGAUAUAUUCCUUGUGAGAGAUUUAUCCUUUGUUAUAGAUCUAUUCCUUGUAAGAGAUUUGUCCUUUUGGGAGUUAUCCCUUGUUAAAGAUCCAUUCCUUAGGAAUUUACACUUGUUACAGUUCUGUUGUUAAAGACUUUACUUUUUUUAUUGUCACACCUAAUUUGAGUAUGCUUGCAUCUAUAUGCUAUAACCUUACUGUAACACUGUUUUUGAGAUUGUUGAAAGUAAGCAAGUUUUGAAAAUUUUAUAUUUACUGUCAUUCCAGAGAUGUGAGACUUUAACCUCCACUAUUUUAUUCUUGAAACAGGUUCAAUAUGCAUAUAUCAUGUGUUCCUUGUGCCCUGGUACAACUGUUUAUUUUGCCUGCUAAAAUACCCAUGGGAAGAAUUUGUAUCUGGCAUUGAAUUCAAAGUAAGUCAACAUAAUUAUAUUCAAAUAUGGUCAACUUAUAUGUGUGAGUGAUGAUAGACUCUUGUAUGCCAACAUGUGUUUAUGCUUGCUCAGUAUAUGUCAGAGUGCAAUAUUUGAUUUCAACCUGAGUGCCUUGAUUAACAAUUAGAUAUCUAAUAUCUAUAGUCUAUUUUUUGAUAAUAUAUAUGAUAUGUUGAUAUACAACUUGUUUGUAAUUUUUAUAAAUUGAUGAAUUAGAAAAUAUACAUUUUUUACAUUUAA